GAAACUUCAUACUUUUAAAAGACGUACGUUCUUCCAACGGUAAGAUUUUGGGCCUUGUUUUGAGAGGAAUUGGGAAAAUACGGACUUGAUAAAGGAAAGUUUGCGCUGGUGUAAAUUAGGCUUUCUCAAACAUAAACACGUUUCAGAAAACUCGGGGGCACAAUAGAUCUGCAUUUUCCAGUUUCUAAUCGGUUAAAGCAUCAGUAAUGUGGCCUAACCAAGGUCCUCCACCACCAAUGGGCUACCCAGCAGGUCCUCCAACGGGCUACCCAGCAGGUCCUCCAACGGGCUACCCAGCAGGUCCUCCAAUGGGCUACCCCACAGCCCCGCCUGGGCCCAACCCAGUUUACCCUCCUGGCUCGAUGCCGGGCUGCCCCCCUGGCCCAAAUCCUGCUUACCCUCCUGGCCACAACCCCGUGUACCCCCCCGGAGUGCACCCCGCCCUCCCCCCGGGGGGCGGGGCCUAUCCUGUCCCAGGGCAGUUCCCGUACCCCACUGGGCCUGUCGCCCCUGGUUACCCGGGGGGGCACUCCCCCAACAUGCACCACCACGGGGGCAAAAAGCACGGGAAGCAUGGGAAGCAUGGGGGGGCCUACCCCAUGGGGGGGGGCUGUGGCCCCAUGGGGGGCAUGAUGGCAGGGGGGCUGGCCGGUGCGGGCAUGGGCAUUGGGGGCCACAAAAUGCACAAGAAGAUGAAGAAGAUGAAGAAGGGGAAGGGCCACAAACACAGCAAACAUGGCAAGUCAUCCUCCAGCAGCAGCAGCAGCAGCAGCAGCAGCAGCGACUCUGAUUAAUCCCACCGAAGCCCAGUCAGAUGCCUGACUAUUCCCACCGAAGCCCAGUCAGAUGCCUGACUAUUCCCACCGAAGCCCAGUCAGAUGCCUGACUAUUCCCACCGAAGCCCAGUCAGAUGCCUGACUAUUCCCACCGAACCCCAGUCAGAUGCCUGACUAUUCUCACUGAACCCCAGUCAGACGCCUGACUAUUCCCACCAAACCCCAGUCAGACACCUGACUAUUCUCACCAAACCCCAGUCAGAUGCCUGACUAAUCCCACUGAACCUGUCAGAAGCCUGACUAUUCCCACCAAAUACCAGUCAGACGCCUGACUACUCCCACUGAACCCCAGUCAGACGCCUGACUAUUCUCACUGAAACCCAGUCAGACGCCUGACUACUCCCACUGAACCCCAGUCAGACGCCUGACUAUUCUCACUGAACCCCAGUCAGACGCCUGACUACUCCCACUGAACCCCAGUCAGACGCCUGACUAUUCUCACUGAACCCCAGUCAGACGCCUGACUAAUCCCACUGAACCUCAGUCAGAAGCCUGACUAUUCCCACCAAAUACCAGUCAGACGCCUGACUACUCCCACUGAACCCCAGUCAGACGCCUGACUAUUCUCACUGAACCCCAGUCAGACGCCUGACUAUUCCCACUGAACCCCAGACAGAUGUCUGACCACUCUCCCUAUUUGCCAAGAGCCUGCAUGUUUGAUAUGACCAUAAUAAGGAUGUUACUGAUGUCACAGCCAAUCAAAGUCAUUGACACUGUUUGCUGCUUUCUUGUAUGUAUUUCAAAUUAUUUAAAAGGGAUCUCAUCAGAAUUGUUGAUGUCUAUAAAAUAUUAAAUUAGCAAUACUGUAGGCUUUGGCAAUCAAUAAUGACAGUAGCCUUACAACUGAAGGACAUUGUAGCAGGACUGUCCGCAAAAGGAAAACAUGAUUAACUUCUGAAAUGAGCAGCAAUAAUUUGGCAUGCCUUACAUUGACAGAUUUUUGCUCACAAUUUUUAUUACUAAUCACUAAUAUUGAAAUGUGUAAUACAUUUUUGGGACCAUGUUUAAAGAUUGUGAUAUUUCUGUUUAUGAUGGUUGAUAAGCUGAUGAUACCAAACUAAAAUGGUUAAGAACUGUGUCUGUAGAAUUUAACUAAUCGCAUAGCUAUUACCAAAGUCAUUGUGUACCAGAAUGACAUUUCAUUAAUUAAAAUACAAUGUAAUUAUUUACAGAGCAUAACUUAUGAUUUUAUUCUGUUUAAAAAUAUCAGCUGUCUUAGCCACAGAUAAAGCUCCAAUAUGGCAGAUCACAUUGCUCUCUGUGAUUGUGUUACUGCAGGGAUGUUUGUAUAUAAUUUUUGAGCAUGUGCCUUGCGUAAAAAUUUGACUUGCUUCUAACUACUCACUGUAUUAUUACGUAAAACACUAUUACUACUGCGAGUUCAUUGUACCUGGAAUACCUAACGAUGCAAAAUACACUGUGUUCUCUAUGACAAAAUUUAUAUAAAAUAUAUUUCGUUCUCUGUGUGUUUCUGUGCUCAUCUUCCGUUUUUAAUGUCUUAUUCCUAACGAGAAACGUGAGAAGUUCCAAUAAAACUCAAGCUAUACGCUGGA